AUGUGGAGUUGCUCGACGUAUGCAUCCGAGGAUGUUUCCUGCGCGACGGCGCGCGGAGGGUGCAGCGGUGUACCUGCAGUUUUGUAUCCGCCGUCGCGGGUACCAACUCAACCGCGGUCGAUGGACUUGUUGGAUGAGCUGUUUUCUUCUCCCCCAGUUUCGGUGCCGUCUGGGAGUCAUUUAUUUUCUAGUGUGCCUGUGAGAGACGAUGCUGCAGCUGCGACAUGUUUGCCAGCCGAUGAUUUUGUUGCUGCCACAGUCUCGAGGCAUUCCAUUGGGGAGUCGGUGGGGGCGGGUCCCAAUGUAUGCGACGUUCUCUCCGCCGUCCACUCGGAGCGACUGGAGGAAGUUGUGUUAGUUCUUGAGUGCAUCAUGAAUGAUGAUGUGCCUCGAUGGUACGAAGCAUCUGUUAUUUUGCAAAGUCUUCUCUGUCGGAGUGACUGUGGCAACAUGCCGAAUCCAGUGGCGAGUGACGGGAUGGGAGAUGACCCACAGGGGAGUUCUGUUCGGAACGAUGGGUUUGUUAAUACUCAUUGUAAUUUGGUUUCUAUUUUUCCUUUUUUGGAGUUUUUGCAGACAUUUAAACACGUGUCGGUCUUUCCGGUCCUGCAGGUCCCACCUUUGGCCUUCAAACUCCGCCAGUGUGUACGGGAUUGGGUGGAAAGUCAUGGUGGUGUGCGAGCGGUGUUGUCAGAUUCAAGUUUGCUGCUGGAUCUUCAGACGUUGCUGGAAAAUGUCAAUGAGGUGUUUGUUGCCGUGGUUGCGACGUCGCCUCAAUCUGCUUCCGAGGCCUUGUUACUUUCAUCGCUUACAGACGUGUGUCGUUACUGCAUACAGUUCGUGUGCACUUGUCUUCCUCAUGGGAAUCAUUUAUUUUUUGCAACGACCAUGCAAUCGGUGAUGCAUCAAAACUCCUCCGUGAUGCCUCAUUUGGAGGGGGAGCUAAAAGCCCAAGAGGAUAUUUUGCAGCUGUUGGUUGUAGCACGCUCGACUGCAUAUCAUCGAUGCUCAGAAGAUAUACAAGCCAGUGUUUCACCUCUCGUUGCAGAGCUUUUUUCUCUAUUGGAUACCUUUUCUUCAUCAUCCAUGGUGCCGUUGGAUAAGAAGAAAGUGCCAGAGAGACGGUGUAAUUUGAGUGGUCUCAGGCUUAAUUCCUCUGAUACAUCUGAAGUAAUAGAUGCCUUUGUCAACCGCUACUGGAACGUGGCAAUAAGAUCACCGAUACCCCCCGUAGAGAAACCGGAAAAACUGUUUUAA